AUGGGUACCCUCGAGGGACACCUGAUGCCAGGGAUGUUCUUCCUCAUCUUCUCACUCUACUACUCAGUGCUGAUGUCCUUGGCCCUGCUACGGGGACAGAGGUUCCUCAAACCCCCUCUACCCCCAAGGGAGAAGCGAGGACACAGGUCAUGGCCGUCGGUACCUGUGGAAGGGGUCAUGAAGGCAGUCAUCUCUGUGAUCGGCAUCAUGGCCCAGUUUUUCUACCCACCAGGAGAAAACCGACUGAUGAUGGUAGACUGGGAGGACCCUCAGCGACCAUUCUUAUUCAAGGACAGCUGGCAACAUGCCACCAUGUACGGGUUCUUCCUAGUCAGUGGUGUGGUGGACAUCUUGAGCCAGUGGUGUUGGGCGCGGCAGAAUAUCAAGCUGGAGCGAGCAGCCGAGGCCCUGGCCUUCCAUGUGCUGGUGCUGCUGAUGGCAUCCCACAUUGAGAACAAGGGCACCCUAGAGAUCCGCGUACACCUCCUGUUGAUAGUGCCUGUCAUCCUGCUCGGCCUGGUGCUCACCAUCGAGGUCUGGGCCCCUGACCAGCCUCCACUCUGGGUGCUCAAGGCCUGGAUGGGGCAGGUGCUCAGCAACUGGCUGCUGCAGCUCUGUGUGGUAAUGUACGUUCCUCCCUCCGGGCAGCCCUGGAAAGGAGACAACCCCACAGACCUCGCCUUCCUCACCAUCUUCUUCUGCUGGCAUCUGGGCUUUGGAGCCGCCACGGUGGCCACUGUCUAUGGCCUCUGCAGCCUCUGGCACCAUCACUGGUCCUCCUGGAGAGAGGCCCCAGGUGCCAAAUACCAGCCAUGCCCCAUGGGCUCCAGCAGCGAAGAGUUGGAGAAAUUCAGAGCAGGCGCCGAGCUGCAGGAUGGGACCGUCUAG